AUGAUCAGGAAUUUAGUCGGAUCCAAAGGUGCUCAAAAGCUCCUUGUGCGCCGCAGCUCGUCAUCGACAUCUGCGUUGGCUUACAAGCAAUCGCAUAGAAACAAGGUUAGCCCCCCUUUGCCUACCUUAGAAACACCUUCUUGGAGUGCCAAAUCCGCAGUUUCAUCGAUCUUGUAUGAAACACCAACACCAUCGCGUACACCUAGAAAGCAACAUGUGCUUAACUGCUUAGUUCAAAAUGAGCCCGGUGUUCUGUCCAGAAUAAGUGGGACACUCGCAGCAAGAGGCUUCAACAUCGAUUCCCUAGUCGUGUGUAACACGGAAGUGAAAGACUUGAGUAGAAUGACUAUCGUUUUACAAGGUCAAGAUGGUGUCAUUGAGCAAGCAAGACGUCAAAUGGAGGAUCUUGUGCCAGUAUAUGCUGUCUUGGACUACUCCAACGCAAACAUCAUCAAACGUGAGCUUGUAUUGGCUCGUGUAUCGCUUUUGGGAGCUGAGUAUUUUGAAGACCUGAUUCACCAUCACGAAAAAACCGCCUCUGAUGGCCUUGAUGGUAGCAAUGACGCCGUUGCUCACAUUAGAAACAAGCAAUUCCAUCCCUCCAAUUUGCCAUUGAGUGAGAAUCUAAGAAUCAAGCACAAGCACUUAGGAAACAUCACCAACUUAGUAAAGAAUUUUGGUGGUCGUGUUGUCGACAUAAGUGAAACCAACUGUAUUGUUGAGCUGAGUGCCAAACCUUCGCGUGUUUCUGCAUUCUUAAAACUUGUGGAACCAUUUGGUGUGCUAGAAGUGGCCAGAAGUGGUAUGAUGGCUCUUCCAAGAACCCCCUUAGAAGGCAACUCUGAUGAAGACACCGAAGGCCAGAUCAACGACAUUCUUGAUCUCUCGCAAUUGCCUCCUGGCUGA